AUGGCUGACAGCGAUAUUUAUUGCACAUUAGAGUUGCCUGCUACACCUCAAGUCCAAGAAGACUCCAGAUCAAAGCUCAGAGCUCUCUUCCGCAGACUCCCUCUUUCCUGCCUUGUGACAGUGGCUUUGGGGCUUUUGACUGUGAUUCUCGUGGGUUUACUGAUGUGCCAACGGAUCCCAUGCUGUGGCUCCAAGGACUCUGUGUGUGCCCACUGCCCCAGCUGCCCCAACCUCUGGAUGAGGAAUGGUAGCCACUGUUAUUAUUUUUCAACAGAGAAAAAGGAUUGGAAUUCUAGUCUGGAAUUCUGUGCAGACAAAGGCUCACAUCUCCUUAUGUUUCUGGACGACGAGGAAGUGAUCCCCUUCCAAAAGUACUUGGACAAUGACUUUUACUGGAUCGGCUUGAGGAAAACUGAUGGCUGGAGAUGGGAAGGCGGCCCCAUUCUAAGCUUAAGGAUUGUUUCCAACAGCUUGAUACAGACAUGUGGUACCAUCCACAAAGAUGGCCUUCAAGCCUCUAGUUGUGAAGUUCCUUUGCGGUGGAUCUGUCAGAAGACCACAAACUGA